CCUACAUUUUGCAAAGCUCACUUUUUUGUAAAGUUAUGUUACAACAAGAACUACUGAAAAAGUAUUUCGUAUCAGCAGUUCACUGGUCUUGGGUUUUGAAACCCGCCUUUUGAAACAUKCCCCCUUCGUACCGUACAUUCUUUCCAACCUUUUGAAUGAAACGUGUGCCUGCGAAAAGCAUCAAGACUACGAGUACGAGUACGAGUACUCACGGAUACUUACGUACGAGUACGAGUACGAGUACAAAAUACGAACUCCUUCAGGUUUCAGGUCACUAUUGAUUUUUGGAACCAGUGCGUAGCUCUUACUACCGCCACAAAAAAUCGAGCCAAACUAACAAAAUUAGUACAGCAACAUGAUAUCGGCAUCCGAUGACAAUAAAACGAGGGCGGAAGGGGAGCAAAGACGAAAACAGACACCAGCACCACAGGACAAGGAUAAGARCAAGAACGCAAAUGACUAURAGAGCACUGUCGAAAAUGAAAACAAAACGUGCUCACAAAUUGUGUCAACGAAAACCACUCUUUCUUCCGAACAAAAAUGCAACGAUGUGGAAACAGAGAAUGAAAAUGCUUACCUGCGUCUUCUGCGGACCAACAAGAAUUUCCGAUACUUUUGGUUGAGUUAUGUCGUGAACCGAAUAGURAGUGAGUCUGUUGCURCGUUUGGUUCCAGUUUGUCUGCUUCRAUUCGAUGCURUACCCAUCGCUUGUCUCUUGACGUACUCUGUUGCGAUUAUUCCUGACGAUUGUCAAUGUUUGAACCCUUUUGCGAAAUGAAACGGAAUACUAGGGGGAAUGGAUGUCCUACCUGGCCUCGAUUUCAUUGAUCCAAGAAGUAACGAACAACAGAAGCGACRACAACAUCAUGAUUUCUAUUUUGUUACUUGUGAAGCUUUUGCCAAACGUUUUUUUUUCUCCCAUUGGAGGAAUAUUAGCGGAUUCCUACGAUCGCCGCAACGUACAGAUUACGCUGGAUGUAGCAUCUUCGUGGGUAUUGGUGGUUUUCUUGUGGUCCUACCACCGGAAAUCGGUACCCAUCUGCUAUCUGGCCAAUUUCCUGCUCGACGUCCUGGCAGGAUUGUACCUGCCGAACAACAAUGCCAUCGUCCCGCAGCUUGUAGGGAACGAUCCGAGCAACACAGAAGAAGAAAACGACGAAGAAUUGAAGAAGGCAACAACAUUGACCGGAUUGACAUGGAGUCUWAUGGCGGCCCUUGGAAGUUCUCUGGGAGGGGUAAUGGUCGCGGUUGUCGGCAUCGAGGGCUGUUUCGUCAUAGAUUCUGUCACGUACUUGAUUAGUGCCGGGUUUUUAUAUUUCGGGGUACAGGGAAAUUACAACGUCAAAUCCAAAAAAAAAACAGCCCAGAGCGUGGGCACUGUUGUCGCCGAUGAAACAYCUUUGUUGCUCGAGGUUCAAAAGGGAUCAAGCGAAGAAACAACACAAGAGGAGGGAGAAAAACGUCAACUCASUGCAACAAACGACGGUGAUGGCAAGAGCGCGGGUACUUUGGCCAUGUUUGUCCGUGGAUUGCAAUUUGCAUUUGUGCAAGAACCGUUGRUGGGAGCCUAUGCAUUGUUGAAAGGCACAGGGGCACUGACAUGGGGCGCUGUGGAUGUUCUAAACGUCACAUUUAGCGAACGAGGAUCCCAAACGAACCCCUCCCUCACGGCCUUAAAGCUCGGGCUGCUCUUUGCGAGCACUGGGRUUGGAUGCAUCGUGGGAUCUGUCAUUACUGACAUAUUUUCCAKCCUGUCGCAUCCGAAAUKCAUCGUUAGGUUGUGUGUGUUGGGCUACCUCGCCAUAUCGAUGGGCCUUAUCCAAAUGUCAUGGUUUCCGAAUGUCUUUUGGAGCAUCUGCCUUUCGGGCAUAGUCCGAUCGAAUGGAGCGGCAAUCGUUUGGAUCAAUUCGACCCUCCUGAUACAGAAAUUCACCCCACCAGAGUUGUUGGGACGGAUUAACAGCAUCGACACAAGCCUGGCACUGCUCGGGGAAGCCCUGUCUGCCUUAGGCGGUGGGUGGUUGAUGGAUCAUAUGGGAGUUUCUCCGGAAGGAUUGGCRAAGAUGCUAUCUCUAGUGGCCCUUUGGCUUGGAAUUUUAUGGAGCCCACUGGCCCUAARAGCGCCAAUUACACCCCAAGAAGCAGAUGGCGGAGACAAAGACGAGAAAGAAUAAUGAUACAUUAGAGCAUCAAAAACGAAUGAGAAUCAACGCAUAUUCAAUAUAUUUUAUCUAGACAGGUCGAUUUGGAACUAUUAUCUAUUAUCAAGCCAAUAUCAGUGCUCGAAAUKGCACUACUAUURAUAACGCUCCUACUAAUAGCGUCAAUAAACGCUGUAAUGCUUG